AAGACCCCAUCGGCGUUUAAAGCCUCUUUCCUGGUUGGUCUGAGUUGAGCGUCCCGCGCAUUCUGCGGCUAUUAAAGCAGGACUUUGAGCGCCGAGGGCUACACUUCCUUCGAGGCAGCACUCCAGAAAGAGGAAUCAAGAUGAGCGGCAGAGGCAAGACCGGUGGCAAAGCGAGAGCGAAGGCUAAGACUCGUUCCUCUCGUGCCGGACUGCAGUUCCCGGUAGGCCGUGUCCACAGGCUGCUGCGUAAAGGCAACUACGCCCAGCGUGUCGGUGCUGGUGCCCCCGUGUACUUGGCGGCCGUGCUCGAGUACUUGACCGCUGAGAUCCUGGAAUUGGCUGGAAACGCAGCCCGCGACAACAAGAAGACCAGAAUCAUCCCUCGCCACUUGCAGCUGGCGGUCCGCAACGACGAGGAGCUCAACAAACUCCUGGGCGGAGUGACCAUCGCUCAGGGCGGCGUGUUGCCAAACAUCCAGGCCGUGCUUCUGCCUAAGAAGACCGAGAAGGCAGCCAAAUCCAAAUAAGUCGACUACUAGACCACCAUUUGCCCCAAAACGGCUCUUUUAAGAGCCACGCACUUUCCCGUUAGAGCAUUUAAUUCCCAGAAUUGUCCAUAUUAGUAGAUUGAAUAAUGACAUUUUCACAGCAAUUUGUGUAAUUAAUAAACAUGCCCAAAUGCACGCCACCGUUCGGGCAAGUUAAUAAAGGCACAUGCUAGCAA